CAAGAACUUCAACACUCUUCAAAAAGAAGAAGAAGAAGAUGAUGAUCACCAACAGAACGAAGAAGAAACUACUAACAACAAGAACAAGAACAAGAAUACUCUCAUACCAAACAACAACAACAAGAAGAAGACUAAACAACCACCCAACAAGAACAAGAACAAGAACAAGAACCAGCACUAUUUCGAAUCAGCCUUCCAUCAAGGAAACCUCCCGAGCUACCUUCAGACCACCACUCCCACCAACAACGAGCACCACAACCGGAAGACAGAGCAAGAACCACCAACCCAAGAUCGACUACAGCCAAUUCAACAAUGGAUUCAACUCAUCACGCUCUCAGGACCAACUCAGCCAACUCACAGUCUCCAUCGCCAUCGGCGACCUCCAACGAGCCCAAUCGAUCAUCCUCGAAAUCGAACGAAGCUUGGGAUAUCUGAGAACUAAAGCAUUCUUCCAGACUAAUAAUACUCUCAACGAACUCCUCAAACUGAAUAAGCACUUCAACGAACCUUUGGUCCAGAGGGAUCCCAACGACCAUCAUCUGCCCACCCUCAACCAAAUCAUCCAUCCUUCCAUCUUCAGCUCUCUCCUCAGAAGGACCCUCGUCCAAGCUAUCAAACAGGAAUCUCUCGGAAACCUCAACCAUGCUCACAUCCUCCAAUCUCAUCUCUUCCAUUGGCUCCUCAACUUCAAACUUAAUGGCCCCCAUUGGGCCCAGGUCGAUCAUCAUCUUAUGGCUGGCGUUCUUAAAGGUGUCUUAUUUUUGAAAGAUCCGAUUUAUAGUGUCUUGGAUUACAUGCCAUGGAUCCUGCCUUCUUCAGCAGACCAAACAAAGAAAUACCAGCCGCCGAGUACCACGAGUCUCCCGCCGACCCUGUUGAACGUGCUGGAUUCGAUCACCUUUAUGAUUUCCCAGACCAAGUCGUUCUUCGGCUCUCUGGACAAACAUCAGGCGCUUGAGCGGAUCAAGGAGCAGGCUAUGAAAGAGGGAAGACAGGACGUGUUGGAUGAGGUCGAGGUCGUCGAACGGCACUGGAAUGCUGGUCCUUCUACCUCACCCAAUCCCGCUAGCCUGGACAAUCCAUCUGGUGUAAACUCAGAUCUGCCUAUACCUUUACAUCCGGUCAGGAAACCAUCCAAGUCGACAGAUGAUCCGAGUAAGGAAAGAGAGAUCCCCAUGCGUCUUUCACAUCUACUAUCAAACGUCUCAACAAUCCCAGAAUCGGCGACCCAAAGCUUCACGACGGGAUAUGAUCGGCAGAUGGUACUAGAGUAUGCGGGUUAUGAUUCGGCGGAAGCGGAAUGGUUCGAAGGACACAAGGAGAUCAAGGAGCGAGGGAUAGGGUUCACCAAUGGCGAAGGGGGGCAGGUAUUACAGGCAUGGAUGUGGGAAUGGUGGGCGGCGUUGAAAGAAUGGUUUGACGAGCUCGAGGUAGAUGACCAGUCGGGAAACAUCCUGGAUGCCAAGAAGGAGACGGUUGCGACGGAUCUUCGGUUCAUCAAAGUUCUGCAAAACUCGUUGAUUGCCAAAGUGGCGGUGGUGGAGGUGAUCAGGGAGAUGGGCAACAGCACGAUCAACGACGGGGCCAAGUCGAUCGGCCUGUUCAUUGCACUAGGGAAGGCGAUCGAGAACGAAUGGUAUGCCCAGACCAUCAAGGCCAUCCCUGAACUCAACCAGAAACUUCUCGCCGCUAUCAAGACACUCAAUCAAGAGAACCUCGACGCAACCGCUAGUCGCUCCGUCGACCAUACCGUCCGCAAAAUCUGGAAAUCGGAACUCAAGAACUAUCAGGCCGAUUUGCAAGCUAUCCAUGGUGAUAACUUCGAUUGGACGAUCCAACAACGCUCAAAAGUCGGCGCUUUGGUCAUGCGUGGCUUGCUGGAAACUUCGAAGAUCACAAGAAGUACCGUACUUGAAGAUGGAUCAGUCUAUGAGGAAGUCCAACCGGCGUUUUACCAAACGACGCAAUACUUUGAUGGAAAAAGAGUCGGUGUGACGAAGAUGAACGAAGCGGUAGCGGAAAGACUAGACUUGGACCCGGCGAAUGUGAGCUUACAUCCGCGGUACCUGCCGAUGGUGUGCCGGCCGAUGCCAUGGACGCACCCGAAGAACGGGGCCUAUCUGGUGCACGGGGCGCCGCUGAUGCGGACCCGCGACUCGCCCGAACAGGCCCUCCAUCUGCUCGAGGCCCAUCGGUUCCACGGCCUCGAGAACGUCUAUAAGGCCCUCGAUAAGCUCGGCAAUACUCCCUGGAAUAUCAAUCGUCCCGUCUUCGAUACUAUGUCCACCGUCUGGAAUCAGGGCAUCCAACUCGCUGGAAUCCCUAUCCGAGAUCCUCAUCUUAACCUCAAACCCGAUCAGAUCGAGAAACUCUUCUUCUCUCCUCCUCCUUCUUCCACUACUCCUGCCUCUGAUGAUGAGCAUCAUGAUCAACUCGAGAAUCAGUCUUCUUCUUCUUCUCAACUCGAAAAUCCUAGAUCUGAAGGCGAGAAAAAGGAGAUCUACAGAAGCUUGUUGGCUAGUAGAAGGUCCGCUUAUGGACAACGUUGUUCGGUCAAUUAUCAAUUAGAAAUCGCCAGAGCUUAUUUAAAUGAGACGUUUUACUUUCCACACAACAUUGACUUCCGAGGCCGAGCGUAUCCGAUUCCAGCGAACUUGAACCACAUAGGAGACGAUAUUUCUCGCGGAUUAUUGAAGUUUGCGGAAGAGAAAGAGCUAGGCGAGGAUGGUUUACGGUGGUUAAAGAUCCAUCUCUCGAAUAAGUAUGGGAAUGAUAAGGCCAGUCUGGAUGAUCGGGCGAAGUUUAUCGAGGAACGAUUGGAGUUGGUCUUCGAUUCUGCUGAUCGACCAUUAGAGGGAAAACGAUGGUGGUUAGAGUCAGAAGAUCCAUGGCAAACGUUAGCGGGCUGUAUGGAGCUAACGGCGGCCCUGCGGAGCCCGGAUCCGACGGCCUAUCGGUCGAGCCUGCCGGUGCACCAAGACGGCUCUUGCAACGGACUGCAACAUUAUGCCGCCUUGGGCGGCGACAUCGAUGGCGGGAAGGAGGUCAACCUCGUCCCGGGCGAGAAGCCCGGAGACGUCUACUCCAAGGUCGCCGUCGAGGUCGCCAAACUCGUCGACUUCGACGCCGCUAAUGGUCAUGAUAUCGCUAAGGCGCUUAAAGGUCAUAUCAAACGCAAAGUCGUCAAACAAACUGUCAUGACGACUGUUUAUGGCGUUACUUUUGUCGGAGCUCGAGAACAGAUCAAGAGACAAUUAAAAGAUCUGGGCGUGAUUCCGAUUCCUAAUCUAUACAUCUCAGCGGCCUAUGUAGCUACUCUUGUGUUGAGGUCGAUAGGAGAAGUGUUCAAAGGCGCCGUAGCGAUCCAAAAAUGGCUGACGAUAGUAGCCCGCUUAGUGUCGAAAUCGAUCCCGCCUGAACGCGUGGAAUCCUUAACUACUUCACCAAGCACAGCUAAGAAACAGAAGGAGGGCGAAGGGGCGGAGGGGGUGGCGAAGACGAAGAAGCCGAGACCGGUCAAGAGGAAAUUGCCCGGCUCUUCUUCGGCCGCCCAUGAUCCCGACGUCGAGGUCGAGUUGAUGACUUCUAUGACCUGGACAACUCCCUUAGGAUUAGUCGUUUGUCAACCGUAUCGGGCCCAAAAUCGGACCCAAAUUAAGACGGUGCUGCAAACCGUGUACAUCGCCGAUCCUUUCGAACCCGCUCAAGCUGAUUCAAGGUCUCAAGCCUCGGCCUUUCCUCCUAAUUUCAUCCACAGCUUGGAUGCUACUCACAUGAUGCUGACUGCGCUGGCCUGUCAAGAUAUUACGUUUGCGUCGGUUCAUGAUUCUUAUUGGACUCAUGCGUCCUCCGUCGAUCAUAUGAACUCUAAACUGAGAGAAUCCUUCGUCAGGUUACAUACCACUCGAAUCCUUGACAAUUUAGUACAAGAAAUUAAACAUCGAUACGAAGGGUACAUGGUUCCCAAAAACGCACUCACUAGUCGGAUGAUUAAUGAGCUUAAAGCAAUGGGCAUCGAUCGUUUCAAUAGUCCCUCUUCUUCUUCUACCACCACUUCUACCACCGCUUCUUCCUCCACUUCUUCUGCUUCAACUUCCACUUCUGAUACAGAUACGCAAACGGAAACGGAUUCCAAUAGUAAUAAGGGAACAAUAACCGGAAACUCAAGCGGAAAGUUCCUCGAACUUAAUCAACUCAUUCCUCCGCUUCCUCCCAGAGGUAACUUAAAUAUACAGGACGUCAUUAAAUCUAAAUAUUUCUUUGCUUGA